AUGUAUGUCUCGUCUACCCCCGCUCCGUGGCAUUGCGCGCCUCAUGCCGGCAUGGAUACUGACUGCUACCUAGACGCCGCAGACGCUGAGAGGCCAGUUUCACAGACGACUCUCCCUGCCACAUGUAUCGCAACUAACUUUCCACAGCCCCCUGAAACCCGCCGAGCUCCAGGUUCUCCGCGCACAGUACGAAAAAGAAGGCGACUACGUCGGAGUCCAGACCAAGUUCAACUAUGCCUGGCAACAAAGGGGCUUAUAAAAUCAAAUAUCCGAUCGGAGCAGCAAGAAGGCGUUCGCCUUCUAUCAGAAAUCUUCCGCAGCGCCCCCGAACGACGCCGCGAAUGCCUUUACUACCUCGCUCUCGGAAAUUUCAAGCUGGGCAACUAUGCGGAAGCCCGUCGGUACAACGAUCUAUUGAUCGAUCACGAGCCCGGAAACCUACAGGCUGCCAGCCUGCGCCAACUGAUCGACGACAAGGUCGCAAAGGAGGGUCUGGUCGGAGUUGCUAUUGUUGGCGGUAUUGCCCUCGCCGCCGGACUGGUCGGCGGAUUUAUCCGCAGCUUUUCGCUCAGCCUGGGCUCAAUCGUCGGCUUGCGGAUUGCAUCACGAGCCUUCCUCCGCCUUCUACUUCCACCAGACCCACCGAUUGAGCAAAACACCGAAGAACCUCCCGCCGAUGGCUUUGCAUCGGCAAGCCCGCCGCCGUUACCACCAUUCUCAUCUCGACCUUCUCGAUCCCCACGACCACCUUCGGAUGAUUCAAGAUAUUCGAUGUUUAAUCACAAUCCAUGGCAGAAUCUCGAUGAUGAGGAUGAUGCGCAAUAUAACGACAGCGGCAACGGCCCCAGGCUCAGUCGCCACUCGUACCGCUCCCCAGAUGGACGAAUCACUCUGACUCGCACAACCAUUACCUCUGGAAUGCCCGGCGGUCGACGCAGGAGCAUGGGGUCGCCUGAGUCAAUCGACACCACAGAUCCGUUUAGGCAGACUAUUGGCAGCAUCUUUCAAGAGAUAACCGGUGCAUACGGCCCUCGGAGUCGAGGUGCCUUCACUCCGGACCGGGAGGAUCCCUGGGACGAGGAGAACCCAAGUUCUCCUCGAGAUAAUUAUAAUUCGAAUGCGGAGAAUCGAGGGCAAUUCGGCGGUGGCAACUUUCUACGGCCUCCGGGAUUAUUCCCAAGGGAUACGAAUGGUAGACAGCCAGUAAAUCUACCCUUGACCAAUUUAAACGACAUCUUCAAUAUUAUACGUAAUGAAGCAGAUCCAGAAAGCAUGAAUCGUCACAAUGGUGAAAUUCACAUUUUGGGAGCCGGUAGUGGAAACCAGAUGCAUCCUCUUUCAUUGCUUGUCAGUCUGCUAAGCGGGGGCCGCAUGGGUGGCGACGCUGUUUACUCGCAGGAAGAACUUGACCAUGUCAUCUCACAGCUCAUCGACCAGAACACAAAUCAGGGGGCACCUCCCGCUACAGACACGGCGAUUCAGUCUCUUCCCAAGACGACAAUCAACACAGAAAUGCUCGGGGCUGAAGGGAGGGCUGAAUGCUCUAUUUGUAUGGAUCCAGUCGAGCUUGGGACCGAAGUAACGCAGCUCCCAUGCAAACACUGGUUUCAUGGCGAAUGCAUCGAGUCAUGGUUGAAGCAGCACAAUACGUGUCCCCACUGCAGAAGGGGGAUCAACGAAGGUGAUGAAGCUCCCGGAACUCGCAACAAUCCCAUGAUCAUACCGAGCAGCCCACCAAACCCUCAAUCCUCCAACGAUCAUUCCGGCUCUCCUUACUACGGCGGCCGCCCCCAGAGCUUUGGGAGCUCAUCAACAUUCAGUGGCAACGGUCCGGGACCUCGUCAAGGUUUCUCGGCUCCUCCUGAGCCAGAUCGGAAUCACCCCAAUCAGGAUGAGUCAUCGUCACCAGGAGGGGGGCUUAGCGGCUGGUUCAGGAGUCACUUUGGCAGUAACUGA